AUGCACGACAUCCAGCAAACCCCUUUGCAGUAUCACAUUGGUUUAAAUAUGAUGCAAGGGAACUGGAUAUGGGAUCAACCAUAUGGGCUGCCACGAAAAAUUCUAAAUUGGGACGACUGGAUGCCUAAUUACCCGGUGGUUUCUUCUUCCAUGACUGCUGUCAUGAACGUGCAAAAUAGUACAGCAUCUGGAUGGCAGAACAUUGAUCCUAUAAAAGUUAGUGCGGGUUAUGUCUGUGAAGCUGUCGCAUGCAGUGUAAACAACUUCUGCGAUGCAAACUAG